AUGCUGGCCCACUCGGUCCUCCGGCAGAUCAUUUCCCAGCGAGUGAGCCAUGUCCGCUGGCUUGGCGCCGGGCCCCAGUGCUCGAUGGCCGUGGCGCUCGCUCGCACCGGCGAUGGCCAAGACUUCCUGAGCCUCUUCGAUUGCAGCGGCGCGCGCGACGCCUGCCAACAGCUCCAGCAGCAGGGGCGCUUGGACACCUCCGGCGGGCAGGUGCCCCUGACGUAUGCCCAGCCGGCUGGAGGCGUGCUGCUCCCCGGGCCUCCGGUCGACCUGGCCCUGCUGGCCGGUCGGCCAGAUGCCCCCCCCGUUGUGCUGGUAGCCCUGGCCGAUGGCCGGCUGCUGCUAUACUCCCUGGCGGCGUCUCCGGGCGAUGGGCCGGCCUUGCUGUUUGAGGCGGCGGCGCCGGGCCCGGUGACCGCGCUGGCCGCCGUGCCGGCCGCCGGCUCCCAUGGCACGCACUUCCACCUGGCCGUGGCGUUGGCCGGGCCGACCGGCGGGUUUGCCCUGGCCAGCGUGGCCCUCGGCCCGGAGCGCCUCGGCUCCUGGCGCACGGUGCCCGGCGUGGAUCCGGUCGGCGCCCCGGCCAUCUGCCUGAUCCCGGCGGCCGGCCAGCUCUCCGGCCCGGGGUCCCCGCCGGUGGACCCUCUGCCGGGCUUUUGCGGGCUUGUGGCGAUCAGCCGCGCGGCCCUGGGCGGCUUCAGUCCCGGCCCCGGUCUUUGA